CCUGUGGUAAUUAGCGAUAACUUCACGUUUUUAAGAGUUUUUCCUGCCUGGACUUAAUUCAUUUUUUUUCUGUAUUUUUAUGCUUUAUUUUUAAGAAAGGGAAAUGAUUUUGUCAGCAGCCUCGCCUAUCUCGGAAGAGUUAAAUUGACAGCUUCAGAUUUGAAAAUUGUUUCCCCGGGUUCCGGGGUACUUGAACGCAACAGAAGCUCGCCUGAUCAACAAGGAAAAGGCAAGAAAUAAAACAAUACAUCAAAACAUUUCCAGUGAGGUGUUAUUCUCAACCAGGAAACCAAAGCAUCCAGUACAGCGAUGGCGCAGACAGAGCUUGAUUUGAGAAGAAGAAGAAAAAGUGGGGACAUCCGUCCAGAUUUUAGACUAGUUCUUGUUGGAAAGACUGGAUCUGGGAAAAGCUCCAGUGGAAACACCAUCCUGGGGAGAGAUGCAUUCAGUGCAGCAGUCAGUCAGUCCUCAGUAACGAGGCAAUGCUGUAAGGCCAGUGGAGAGCUGUUUGACAGAAAUGUGACCAUCGUGGACACUCCUGGCCUCUUUGACACUUCAUUGUCAAAACACACCAUCAAAAGAGAGAUCUCCAAAUGCAUCAACAUGUCGGCCCCAGGGCCUCAUGCCAUCCUCCUGGUCAUAAAGGUGGGGCCGUUCACCAAUGAGGAGCAAGAUGCUGUAAGGCAGGUGGAGGAGAUCUUUGGGGAAGAUGCUUGGAAAUACACCAUGAUACUGUUUACACAAGAGGAUGAAACCAAAGUAGAUAUGGAGACACAGCUACAGGAAGCUGGACCAGAGCUGCAGAAGAUUCUUAGAAAAGUCAACAACAGACAUUCAGUGUUGAACAACCAUAGAGCUGAUGAUCGGAGUCAAGUUCUGGAGCUGCUGGAGAAGGUGGAUAAGAUGGUGGCUGAGAAUGAAGGGAAGCAUUACUCCAACUACACCUACCUGCAGGUGGUGGAGAUGCUGGAAAAGAAAGAAUCAGAGCUUAAAGUGUUAUAUGAGAAGGAACUGAAGAAAAAGGUCAAAGAAGUUGAGCAGAGGUACGAGCAGAUGCUGAAAUCUGCUCAACAUGACCAAGCUGUCUUAAAGAGACUUCAGUUUGAAAUACAAGAAGUUAACAGAUUCUUUGAAGGUUUAAGGCAACGCGCACGUCAGGUUGUAGAACAGAGCGCACAGGAGGAUUCAAUGGAAGACAUUUAUAAGUUUCAUAAGACCUUAAAGCUGCAGUUUAGUUAUUAAAGACUCAAAUCCUCUUAGAUUGAUGAUGAACAAAGUUAUUAGCCACUCAUUU